UCCUCCACCGCGCCCAUUUAUGACGACAUUUACUCUCGCUGGACUCCUUCUAGUGUGUGCCCUGCUGUCAAAUCCAAAAUGUAAACAGAGUCUGCUUCCAGUGUUUUAAUGAGCAGCCCUCACUCAACCGCUGCUGUGGCGCUCCCCUGCAAAACCCUGAAAGCCUGACAAAGAACUUUUCCAGGGUUUUGGUUUCGGUCAAACCCCUACAUGCUAACGCGCGAUGCUAACGUUAGCUCACUAAGAGUUUUUGAGCAGCCUGAAGUUGUGGGGGAGUCCAGGUGACAGGGUGUUACAGAGGUAAGGAGAUGGGUUCCGUCCGCUGGGCUUUUCGCUGUGGGUCGUGGACACCCAGCAGGGGCGACUGGCUGUUCGCUGCCCGCUGCAUCCAGAAAGAGGAGAAAGACAGGAUCGGUCAGUUUAUGUUUGCUAAGGAUGCGAAAUCAGCCAUGGCUGGCAGGUUGUUGCUGAGGAGGUUUGUCUUUGAGAGGAUGGGGGUCCCCUGGUCAGAGAUCAGACUGGAGCGAUCUCCCAGAGGGAAACCUUACCUGGCAGCACCACUGAAGGUGAGUUCAGAUUCAGGUCUGGCCUGGAGUUUCAACCUGUCCCACCAGGGAGACUAUGCUGUGCUCGCUGCAGAGCAGGGGGCGCAGGUGGGAGUGGAUAUUAUGAAGAUCACCAUGCCAGGUAACAGCUCUGUGCCGGAGUUUUUCCGCAUCAUGACUCGUCAGUUUACAGCGUACGAGUGGAGCGUCAUCCAAUCAGCUAGCUCAGAACACCAGCAGCUCGCCGCGUUCUACCGCCACUGGGCCCUGAAGGAGAGCUUCAUCAAAGCCAUCGGCACAGGUCUGGGCUUCAACUUGCAGAGGGUGGAGUUUCACCUGUCCUCUGAACCGCUCACACAGGACCGGGCACUGCGCCAGACCAAGAUGCAUCUAGAUGAGGAAGAAGAAGAGGACUGGAUAUUUGAGGAGAGCUUGCUGGAUGUUGACCAUCAUGUUGCUGUGGCACUCGGACCAGCAGACAGACCAGACUCUGCACCCCAUCCUUCAUCUCUUCCUCCUCCCACCACAUUUACGCUGCUGUCGUUCAGCGACCUCAUCACCUCGGCCUCACCUCUGACAGAGGAAGACCCCGCCUACUGGGACAGCUUCAAGAUGAAGGCUGAAGCUCCACAGAGACAGAGAGAGACACACACAUCCAGAUAACCACCUGUCUCACACUGACAUAUACCUGCCGUACAAACACACACACCUUUCAGAAGUGCCAAAAAAGAAACACACGUACACUGACACUGAAGCUGCUUUCUCAUUCAACAGAAGUCCAGUCGAGUCCUGUCAAGUUUAUUUAUAAAGCCAGAAAUCACAGGUUUGUCUCAGAGGAUUUCAGAAUCUAAACAGCAUCUGAUACCCUGUAUCUUUAGAUCCUCAUUUCAGAUAAAACAAAACCUGUACACACUUGAUACAUGUACACAAACAUACUGUGCAGUGCAUCCAAACAUUUAACCUUAAUCAAUAGAGUAAUUUCCUCUGAAUUUCAUUAACAUCCCCCCUACAAUAUAUUGAGUUUUUGUUUAAAGUAAGAUAAAGCUGUCCUUCAAAAUACAAAAGUAUGCAGAUAAUGCAUCUGUAAUACAGAGUGUGUACUUAAUGUAAAACAUGUACGAUAAGUAAUGCUUAAUUCACAGAUUAAUAGCUGGUGAUGAAUUUCUGUUAAUCAAAUCUCUAUGCAGUCACGGGAUACAAGGAUCAAAUAAAGAUUAAAAACGGCAAUGUCUAUGCAGGUCUGUUGGUGAAGGAAACACUAAUAAUUCCCUUUUAUAACUGUAUUGAAGAUGGAUAUCUCGCUUAACAAAGUCAUUUUUCCUUUCAAGUGCUUUUUCUUUUUUUCUCUUCUUUCUUUAGCCCAGUUUUUCUUGCAGUUUUUGUGAGUUUAAUACAAAGCGAAUGAUAAAGCAUCCAAUAACUAUUUUACACUUGGUUGUAAAUUUUUGAUCUUUCAAUUCUCCUCUCACUCUUCCCCAUGUGUACUUUCCUUCUUCCUGUCUCAACUGUGCAUGUGCAUAGAGCCGGACAAUAAUUCAAUAUUAACCAUCAGUAUUCAGUGAUAUUUCAGAUCAGGAUCAUGUUUUGUUAUCCUUUUACAAAAUCCUGCCGUCCCAGUUAUUCAUUUCAAGCAAAAUAUAAUUAAAAACAGAAAAAAAGAGUUGAUGAAAGCUUUUGUUUUACAUAUUUGAAGACAUUUUUUUUAUUAUGUGAAGCAUAACAGUGGAAUACUUUUCAUUGCAACUUCAAUUUCAUUUUUUUUACAUGUGAUUUUGCAUUAAUUUGCCUAAUUGUUACCUAUAUUGAUCAUCAGAAAGACUUUCUUAGGAAUAUUGAUAUAUUGAUUUCAACUAUAAUGCCCAACCCUAUAUGUGCAUGUAUUUGUUGACUGUGUGUGAGAGAUGCUUGUGUCUGCCUCUGUCUUUCUCUUCUUCCCUGUAUAGCUUAAUGU